AAGCUGCUCAGGACCAAGCUUCACAGACUCAGAACCGGCUCCACCUGACGGGACGCGCUUGAACAAGCAAUGGUGGAAAUGGCAAACGUCUUCACGGCUGCAAAGUCGGUCUACUCGAUGUGCUUGCUGUUGUUCUCCGUUGUCAUCGUGAUGGCGCUCAUCUACACAGGGGACACGAAGCUCUCCAGGGACGGACACCCGGUUGUCGCCUACGUUGUCAUCUGGGUCGCCACGAUGUGGCUCGCGGUGGUCGAGGGAGGUCAGGCCUCUCUGGUCGGCCUCCCUCCCGUCCAGCCAGACCUCUACAAGGACAGUCAUCCUAUCACUCACCGGAUCACGGCGCUUGCUCACAAGGGCGACAACCUCAAUCGUUACCUCAUUGGGCGGCAAUUCUUGGUUGUAUUGAUCGUUUUCGUGACAAAUUUGUCGGGUGCCCCGCUCGAAGGUGUCACUGUCCUUGGCUUGCCCGACAUACUUCAGGAUAUUUUCUUAUCGUCAGGUUUGGCUAUGAUCUUGAUGCUGGCCAUGAUCGGCCAGCUGUCCGCCCAAGUCAAUGCUUCGCACUGCAUGCUUGAUUUCAUCAACUCCUACGUCGCACUUGCCACGCUCUACGUAGCAUUGGCCAUUGAGUUCUCUGGCAUUCUGCAUUCUGCAUACCUGGUUCAGUGGAUGGUUCAGAAACUCGCACGUGGACCGACGACAUCAAAGAGCAUAUCAAGCAGUGGUCUCCAACGUUUUUUCUUCGUUGGGCGCAUCGUCCUGUCACUGUGUAUAUUGGGCUUCUCCUUUGCAGUGACGAUUUCUGCUCUAUUCCAAGGGAAGACGACCAUGUGGCUGGGUGUUCCAAAGGUGAUAUCAGUGCUUCUCUUUUUCCUGCUCAUGUCGGUAGUCGGCAUGCUCGAGGGUGCACAGAUUGCUUUCUUUGCCGUCGCCAAACUUGACAAAUCGGAAUUGGGCACCAAUCCAGUAGUUGCCAAGACUUGCGAGCUCCUCUUUCGUGGUGACGGUCAUAACCUUCCAGGUUUCAUGAUUGGCCGUCAGAUCCUUGUGACCAUGUGUUUCUUCAUCAUCGCUCGGGUCACAACUUUGAACGUCGACACAGAAGCUGGCGAUGAAACUAUAUUCGGGGUAUCUGAUGGGGUUCAGGAUUUUUUCAACACUGGCCUGCUUGGUGCCAUCAUCACGACCACUGUCGGAUCUAUUUCUUGGCAGUUGGUGGCCUCGGUCUUCCCUGUCGCGUUCAUGCACAACCCGCUGGUGUACGUUCUACUGCGGAUCUGCUUGUUUCUGGAGUCCAUUGGCAUCUGCUCUGGUGCGUGGGUUCUGGCCUCCGUUCACAAGUACACGGUAUGUUUCCGGCGCGACGAGUUCUACUUUGCACGUGCUGCUGGCAGCGACAGCAAGGUAAACGCAGAGGGCGGUUCAAAUGUUGGUCUUCAGCCUUGCACGGAUGUAGGCCCAUCUCUCGGAACCGACCCCGGAACGUUCCAUAUUGACCCUGCCAAGUACAUCAACGCGGUCGACCCAAGCACCAUCGGUUCGCGAGUGUGACAGACGUUGCCGAUAGCCAGCGCUUGAGUGAGCCAGUGUCUAUGAAUCGCGCGGGGAGCUUUGCCUCCCAAAGGUCUGGAAGGCAUUGGGCCUGAUACCUUUUGCAUGUAUCUCAAUACGAUUGAAAUCAUCAAGACAUUUCGGAAUUCGAGGGAGCCCUAAGUGCUUCUGCAUAGCGUUUCGGGCAAGGCGUCACAUCAUGGGUUGAAUUGCGGCGAGGCCAAAAGUUUACAGCAACGACGACGACG